UCUGUGUUCUCACUCAGGUGGAGCUCAAACCUCCACCCCUUCCAACAGAGCCAUGUCUACCAGUCUGACCACUUGCGAAUGGAAGAAAGUCUUCUAUGAAAAGAUGGAGGUGGCAAAGCCAUCUGAUAGCUGGGAACUCAUCAUAGACCCCAACCUCAAGCCCAAUGAGCUGGCCCCAGGCUGGAAGCAGUAUCUGGAGCAGCAUGCCUCAGGCAGGUUCCACUGCUCCUGGUGCUGGCACACCUGGCAGUCGGCCCACGUGGUCAUCCUCUUCCACAUGCACCUGGACCGCACCCAGCGAAUGGGCUCAGUGCGCAUGCGCAUCUUCAAGCAGCUGUGCUACGAGUGCGGCACGGCGCGGAUAGACGAGUCGAGCAUGCUGGAGGAGAACAUUGAGAAUCUGGUGGACAACCUCAUCACCAGCCUGCGCGAGCAGUGCUACGACGAGGACGGCGGCCAGUACCGCAUCCACGUGGCCAGCCGUCCAGACAGCGGGCAGCAUCGCAGCGAGUUCUGCGAGGCCUGCAACGAGGGCAUCGUGCACUGGAAGCCCAGCGAGAAGCUGCUGGAGGAGGAGGCGACCUACGCCUUCUCUGGUGUCUCCAAGCCAAGGGCCCAAGAGUGCUCGCGCUACAACUUCUUCUCUCUUCGCUGGUGCCUCUUCUGGGCCUCCCUCUGCCUGCUCAUUGUCUACCUGCAGGUUUCCUUCCGCGGCUCUGCCUUCCUUUAG